UCUCUCUCUCUUUCACACUCUCUCGCUCUCCCUCUCUCUCUCUCUCUUUCACACCGUCUCUCGCUCUCUCUCGCUCUCUCUCUCUCUCUCUGCGAGAACUUCUCUGCAAAUUGCAUGCAGACUUUCUGCAUCAGAUGUCUGUGGGAGGACCUCCUCCCAGGACCAGCGGGCUGGCGGACUGGACCGACGCUCCAGCAGAGCUCUCCGUGGACUAAGCGCAGGCUGACGGCGGGAUUAUUCGCGGAGAGAGCACCGCGGGAGCAUGGCCCGUAUGGCGAAGACCCCCCUGAGGAGGUCCUUCAGCGACCACGUGAAGGUCUCCACCAACAAGGCCUGGGACAUAUUCUGGAAGAGCGCCCGGGAGAAGCGGCUGUCAGAAAUUGAAGCAAAGGAAGCGUGUGAUUGGCUCAGAGCAGCGGGCUUCCCCCAGUACGUGCAGUUGUUCAGAGACUCCCAGUUUCCCAUUGAUAUAGACUGGGUGAAGAGCGACCACCAGUUCCUGGAUAAAGACGCCGUAGACUCACUCUGCAGGAGGCUGAGCACCUUAAACAGGUGCGUGGAGAUGAAGCUGGAGACGCACCGGUCCAGGAGGAGGAGCGAAGACUCGGAGGAGGACGAGCCGUGCGCCAUCAGCGCCCGGUGGGCCUUCGAGCGGGGGACCCGGCGCUGGUCCCGGCAGGAGGGCCUGGAGUUCCUGCCCUCGCCCGACAGCCCCAGCGCGGACACGCCGUCGCCGCGGGAACCGCCCUUCCGCGACGAGGCCGGCUCGCCGCACAGCUCCGGCGAGAGCAACGGCGGCUGCGGCACCCCGAAAACCCCGGAGGACCCCGAAACCAGCCGGAGCUCCUCCCGCUCCUCCUGCCAGCCCCCCUCCCUGGACGGGUCCCUCAGCGCCCCCCCGUCGCCCGGCGACACCCCCGGCCCGGGGAGCGAGGAGCGCCUGGCGGACAGGCCGCCCAGGAAGAGGGGGCGGAGCCUGAUGCGUAAGAUGGAGAAGCUGCGUCUCCGUGGCGGCACGCUGAGGCCUCCGUCUCACGGCAACAAGGCCCGGGUGCUGAUCAGCGGGCCGGUGCUGCAGGACGGAUUCGACGAGGAGAAGCUCGCGCGCCUGCGCUGCCUGGACCUGUCCGAGCUUCGGGACGGGCCCGCCAGCCCCCCGUCCUCCCCCCCCCGCUCCGGGAGCGCCAGCCCUUCCCUGCCCAGCAGCACCGUCAGCACGCCCAGUCCCGUGACCCGGGUCCGCAGCCAUCGCCAACGGGCCCCGCCCCUCGACCAGAGCCCGACCCGGCACACGGACGACCAGGCCUACCAGAACCAGAACCAGAACCAGAACCACCGCCAGGAGCACGUGGCCUUCCAGGUCCCGCCGGGCCACAAGCCCGGGACGUUCCCCACGGCGCUGACCCACAGCGUCCUGUGCCCCAUCGACAACACCUCCGUCAACUGGCGGACGGGCAGUUUCCACGGUUACCGAGGCCGGCAGUGCCUGAGCAGCGGGUCGAAGGAGCGCGGCCUGGUCUGCAGCCCGCUGGCGUCCCCAACCGACAAGCGCGGCAGCGUCUACGACAACGUCCCGGGGGGGCCGGCGCACGGGCGCACCGUAAGCGACCCCCCCGUGUGGACGGGGAGGGGGGGGGAGGACGCCGACGCCGACGACGACGUGUUCUCCGCGCUGGACAGCGUCAUGGAGCGCAUCAGCGGCCUGCAGCAGCUGGUCACCGCCUGGAGCGAGAAGCUGUCGGACGACGGAGACUCCGACUCCGCCCACACCGGCUCCGGCUCCUCCCCCUGCCCGCCCUCUCCCAGGGACAUCCACCUGGAAAUCGAGAAGCACCGGGGGGCCGGCUCCACCCCCCCGGACGGAGACCGGGAGAACUGCGACCAAACCCCCGAAGAGUCCGAGCCCGAGCCCGAGCCCGCGAGCGAGCACUACUCCGGAGAGCGGCCAUCUCCACAACACAGAAGGCUGGGUCGGCUCCACUGGACCAGUGAACAGGAGCUGCACCCAGACCCCCCCACAACUGGGAUCGAGGGGCAGCCUGCGGUCCACAUCAACCUGCUGCAGAAACUGUCCCUGCUGAGACUCACCGCGCUCAUGGACAAGUUCUCGCCCUCCAGCAAGCAGGGCUGGAGCUGGACUGUUCCAAAGACCAUGAGGAAGACGAGGGCCCCGGAGUCCUGGGACGGAAGGGUAUUUGGGGUUCCCCUGCUUCAGAGCGUGCAGCAGACGGGGUACCCCCUACCCCCCGGCAUCCUGAAGGCCCUGCACUACCUGAGAGCAGAGGGCCUGGACCAGGUGGGGUUGUUCCGUAAGUCCGGAGUGAAGUCUCGGAUCCAGGCCCUGCGGGAGAUGGUGGAGGCCGACCCGGCAGGCGUGAGCUACGAGGGCCAGUCUGCGUACGACGUGGCUGACAUGGUGAAGCAGUACUUCAGGGACCUGCCCGAGCCCAUCUUCUCCAGCAAGCUCUGCGAGUCCUUCCUCCACAUCUAUCAGUACUUCCCGAAGGACCAGCAGUUCGCCGGCGUGCAGGCGGCCAUCUUCCUCCUGCCGGACGAGAACAGGGAGGCCCUGCAGACCCUCCUCCUCUUCCUCAGGGAUGUGGUGGCGUGCGCCAAGGAGAACCAGAUGACCCCGACGAACGUGGCGGUCUGCCUGGCUCCAUCGCUCUUCCACCUGAACAGCCUGAAGAGAGACAGCACCACCAGCAGCAGGUCGAGCCACAGGAAGCACAGCCUGGGCAGGCCAGACCAGAGGGACCUGAGUGAGAACCUCGCUGCCACACAGGGGCUGGCUCACCUGGUGGCGGAGUCCGCUCACCUCUUCCAGGUACCAAGGGACUGGCUGAUGCAGAACCAGGGCAUUCUGGGAGAUGAAGUUCUCCAGCCGGGGGACGGGUGGCAUUUCCCGCCGGACCUCAGCGAGGCGGAGCAGGACCAGCGUGAGGCGCUAGACCUCUGCGUUCAGGACGUCCUGCGGGAGGCCAGGGAGGGGUUCCGCGGCUGGGCGCCUUUCUCCAGCCCAAAUAGUGUCGACCUGGCGUUCAGAAAGGAGGAGGACGGGCUCCCCCUGCGCUCCUGGAAGGCGGUGGUGGAGGUGGAGGCGCCGGUGGAGGAGGCGCUGCACCUCCUCCUGCGGGAGCAGCAGGUUUGGGAGGAGGAGCUCCAGCACUGCGGCGUGAUCGAGAGGCUGGGCGAGGACACCGAGGUGUACCGCUACACCCUGCAGGGGGUGGGGGCGCGGCCCCCCCUGGACCACGUGCUGCUCAGGACCUGGCAGCGCGACCCGUCGUCGGGGGCUACCGUCCUGGCCGCGGCGUCGACCGAGCACCCCGACGCCCCGCCCCGGGGGGUGAGAGCGCAGGUGCUCACCUGCGUACACCUGCUGGAGCCGCUGGGCACCGGGAGGGCGCGGCUCACACACGUCUGCCGCACGGACACCAGGGGGCGCUCACCAGACUGGUACAACAGAGUGGCCGGAUACCUUCUGGCACUGAAGCUGGGGAAAGUUAGAGACUCCUUCAGACCAGACGUGAAAGAGAUGAAAAUAUGAGUGCAGCAGCAAGGGAAGGUUCAAGCACUUGAAGACUCUUUACCUGCUUUCCAACAGAAAUAACUAAACACACAACCUUCAGAGAACUUACAGAAAGGGUCAAAAGGGUACCCCAGCCACCCAAAAGCUGUGAGAAAAAUGACACCUCCAGACAAACGGUUUUUAGAAUCGUCAGAUCAUCAGAGCUGACGAGGACCGUCUGAGUAAUGAAACGUCUCGUCUUGUUUGACUGAAUGAUCGAAGGGCAGAGCGUUUCAGGAGAGUUUGAGCUCUACGAUCUUGCUCGUUAUUUUAGACUGAAAGCAAGUCUUCUGGGACAGCCCACAGACACAGAGUUCAAACCUACCUCUUCGAGGACUUGAUUGCUGACUGAGCAAAUGACUUCUGCAGAGAAACGUUGUUGUAUUCAUGUGAGGAAUGUUAAUCACGCUUUGAAGACUUGCUGUGCGCUGGUAAGAUUAUUUUGAGAAUUAUUCAUCCUGAUAUUCAACAAGACGUUGCUGUUCCUAUAAUUCUAACAUUCACAGCUGAUCUCCACUGACCGUGUUCAAUCAGAUAAAUUCUUUAUCUUUGUGUAUUUCUGAUUCGACAUGCAAGUAUUUUUGGACCAAGACGUUUAUUGCAAGCCUUCCAAGUUCUAACAUCCAAAGAUAUUGUAUAGGAUUAUGCAUACAGUUCAAAAGUUUUUUGCAAGAAGGUAUGUUUAUGGGUGUACAUAUUCAAAAUGUGUUAUAUGAAAAAUUUUAUUCGAAAGACAAAGUUAAUUUUUAAGAUUAUUUAUCAAAAUGCUUUUAUUAAAUCUUUAUUAAAAAUGUAUAGUGAACAAAUGAUUUUCCCCCCUUUUGUAAAUGUGUUAGUAAAAAUGUAAACCUUCAAAUGA